AAUCAUUGUUCAUCCAAACUAUUCAUCACGCAAUGUGGACAACGAUUUUGCUCUCAUCCAACUCAAAGACAAAAUCAAGUUCGACGAUUCCACGGUGGUUCGACCAGCUUGUCUGCCCAAUGAAGAUUUGACCACAAGGACUGGUCAAGAUGUGGUCGUUACCGGUUGGGGAACGAUUCGAUAUGAAGGCAGGGCAUCUGAGUUUUUACAAGAGGUCACUCUGAAAUUGGUCGAUUUUGACCAAUGCGAGACUCGGCUUAACACUGCCUUGACCGAUAACAUGUUUUGUGCUUAUGAAGAUGGAAAAGACAGUUGCCAGGGAGACAGUGGAGGGCCACUUAUUUAUGCCGAAACUACCUUCUAUGAUGUGAUUGGAGUCGUGUCAUGGGGAUAUGGGUGUGCUUCGCCAAAUCUCCCAGGGGUCUAUGCCAAUGUCCACAAGGCCAGAGCUUGGAUCGACCAAUAUGUGGGUGAGCCGACUUGUGCUAGACCCGGACUCUGAAGAGAAUACGUCAAAGACUGAUCAUUUAUGCAAGAAAAAGAUAAGAAAUACAUUCACCAAAAGCAUCAACAAUGAA